AUGUCAAACGCUCUAACAGUACACGUUCUACACGCGCUCGCUUCACAUGAGACGCAGCCCGAAAGCCCGCAAGACGACGCUGUAGUGCUGAGCCAAGCGCGCGCGUUGAUAGACUAUGACCAGUGGCACGCGCCACUCCCCUUCAGACGCAAUAUUUCCUCUUUCGCGCUCGAAGCAAAACGAUGUGUUGCCUACGCUCCGCCGCCACCGGCCCCGUUGUCAUUCUCUCGCUCUACAAAGGCUACCGUACUUAAGGAAUGGAACGAGCCGUUGUCGCCGUCCGAAGUCUUUCGUCUACGCGAACUCGAGCCAUUCCACAGCACAGACAUGGGCACAGUGAUAUCGGCGUUGAAGAGCGCUACCGCUUGCGUCGCUGCCGUUGCAGCCGAAACUGGUGUUCUACUACGGCGACGGGUCCGCUCGCCCUCAACUCUCCCUGACAAGCGUCCUGUGAAGCGCGUUAAGCUCAACGAAACCGACACCUUACUUGGCCUCCUACCAAUGCCGCACUACAUCGCUGGACCUCGACCAAGAGACGUCACAUCCUCGCACGGCGCAGAUCGUGCCGCGCUCAAACACUUCAACCGUCCUUACACCCCCAUUAGACCCUAUACAGAAGAGACCAUCGCCACACUUCUAUCUCCUGACAGUCGGCAGAGCUUAAAGUGGAUCGUACCGCUUCGCGGUAGAUUGCCGUGGAGUGGCUGUACGCGUGGACAGCUCACGGGAAGCUGGGAGGAUGUUGGUAUCGACAAUCCCAAGACGAGGGGCGAAGUCGGCACUGAACAGGUGGUGCCGGCAUACGACACGGACGGCGAGAGCGUGACGUGGUCCCCCGACGCUGUGCGCGAACUGUGGUCAUAUCUCAGGGAUGCUGUGCGCCGGAAGGGUACGAGCCUGGGGACAGCGACGCUCUCGUUUCGCGGUGUAAGGCGGCCAAGACCGGGGAUGUGUGCGCCGCUGUCACCAGAGGGUCUUCACGACAGGGUUGGGGGUGGACAGGCGAACGAGGGCUCGCCAUUGGAGCCUGACGCGGGACAUGCGGGAGCGAUGCGGCAAGCACUGGACGAGAUUGACCAUAUCGCGGUAUACUGCGACGCGUGGCGUGCGCCAAUCGUACAGGAGCUACUGUAUAUUUGGCAGUACGAGCCUAGGCCUGGCGCAUUGAGUGCAGGAGGGGAGCAUGGUGGCGGCGGAACUGAUGACGGAGGACCUUCGGAAAGGGAAGCAGGGCCAGUAGAGAAGAUACGCGUGCUAAAGGGCGCGCGUCUUGUCCUUGUCGAUGGUUUGGGACAAGGCGUGUUGACGUAUGCAUGA